UUGACCGCGCAACUCCGCGUCCAGGAAGCCACGCGUUUUCGAUCGCGAGUGCUUGACAGAAGCCCGCUAAAACAGAUUCGUACUCGUGUUUGCUCGUAUUCCAUCAUUAAUUAACUCUAUCGUCAAGUGUGAACACUUCGAUUUCGUUUUACGUGGUUUCGAACUACAGCAGGUGAUUCGAGGGAGAAUUUCGAAGGAUGGCAUAGAUCUACCCUAAAUCGGCAGCAUGUGCUAUGUGAUAGUCACUGGUCGUAGCUUACUGUGGACACUGCUGUCCCUGGUAGCGUUAAUGGCCGUUUUAUCGGGUCUCAUCACUCCGAAAUGGCUCGUUGGACCGCAGACGAUUAAAGAUACAAAGAACGGGUCCGAGUUGUACGUACCAACGGUUGGGAUCUUCAAUCGCUGCAUCAGGCUACAUGGAAAGACGCACUGCGCGAAUUUUAACGUCGACGGCUUCGCCACGGACUCCAGCGUGUUUCCAGGCUGUUGGAAAGCCUCCUAUUUCUUCCUGUCCCUUGGUCUUGCGAUCAUGGCGAUGACUGUGUUAGCUGCUCUGCUUGGGUGCUGCAUCCAGAGCAUUGGGAGAAAGAGCAUCUUUAAUUUGGCUGGUGUGGCCCAAGUAGUCGCUGGAAUAUCGUAUCUUCUGGGAAUGAUUUUGUAUCCCGCUGGCUGGGGAGCAGAAAGGGUUCAGAGGAUUUGUGGUCCAGAGGCGGAUGCUUUCUACCUCGCUGAUUGUUCCCUUGGAUGGGCGUUCUACAGUGCCGUGAUAGGGGUUGGACUGACGUUCGUCUGCGCGGUGAUCAGCGGUCAAGCGGAAAAGUCGACGGCCAGCGACAAAGUUCAGGACAAGAUGAACGAGGGAAAGACUUUGAUCUGUCUCGCGUGAAACGUGAAAAUCCCGGGGAAAACGUAUUCCACUCGAUAUCUUCGGAACGCCCUCGUUCAUUUGUCAAGGGACGAAAGACGAAGAGAAUCGGGGCGUUUGAGGAGCAAACAUUUCCUUCUUCUUCUUCGAUUCGCCGAUUACGACGAGAGGAACGGAGGAAAUUCGUCAUGGGACCAAGUUCAAUUUUUAUUUCGAGUACAACAGAGGUCGUUGAACCUGUGUGCUCGAACGACUAUGUACUUAUUACGGAAAUGAAUGUUCUGUGCCAAUCGUUGUUUUCAAAGUCCUUGUUGAUUAAUUUUGCCACUGAAAGGAAGAUAAUAGUACGUAUAACGAACAGAUAUUUAUAAGAAUUAAGGGACGAUGAAUAUAAUACUGUAUAAGGAAUAAAAUAAGGAUACUGUUAAA